UUGACAACCGUAGAAGAAGAAGGGGGUGUGUUGCUAGGUUGCUAGUUGUUAGCCUGCCUGCCUGCUAACUGCGAGCUAAAAGUUGACUGUACUACUUUCACUUUCUGACAGACGGGAGUACCCUCUCUGGGAUGAGUAGGGCUUCCUGGAAAACAAAACUAAACGCCGUCAUUGACACUCGUUAGGUCGUAGACGUAGAUUGUAACACUAUUUGGCGCCGAUAUUGACAACUUUUAGCCGGUGGCGUCUAAAAGCCUUAGUCGUCAAACACGCAGGUAGCGUUAAUUCGCCAGCUAGCUAGCUAGCUUCAACGUCUAGCGUCCGUUAGCAUGAACGGCGGCGGAAGCAUGCAAAGUAAUGAUGAAAGGGGGGCAGAGAAACAAAUGGAUGACUACCUGAACGCAAUCGGUUUGCAUCGGAAGAAGAUUGCCAAAGACGGGUCGUGCUUGUUUCGGGCUGUCGCCGAGCAGGUGCUGCAUUGCCAGAGCCUUCACACUAAAGUUCGUGCCGAGUGCGUGGCGUUCCUGAAGGAGAACAGAGAGAGCUACGAGGCGUUUAUUGAAGGAGACUUCGAGGAAUACCUCUUCAAGCUUCAGGACCCGCAGCAAUGGGUGGGAGAGGUGGAGAUCAACGCGCUGGCCGUCAUGUACAAGAGGGAUUUCCUGAUCUUCCAGGAACCCGGAAAACCAGCCGUCAACAUCACAGACAACAACUUCAAGGACAAGGUGCGGUUGUGCUUUCUGAACGGGAAUCACUACGACAGCGUGUAUUCCAUCGGCCACGUUAAGGACGCCGCUCUCUGCCAGUCCAUCUUGUACGAGCUGCUGUACGACGGCGUGUUCGGAGUGGAGCGGGGCGCUCUGGGCAUGUGCCAGCGGAUCGGCCGGCCCAACGACUUCCUGAGCGACGACAACAUGCACGCCUGCGCCAGCAGCGACGAGUCCGACGUGGACCCCGGCGAGCCGCUCUGGGAAGAAAUCGGAACGAGCACGGCGGCUCCGAGACACACAAGUUACCGGGGCCGUGGCGGGCGUGGGCGUCUGUCUGAUCGGGUGAGACGUUCACUGAACCCGACUCUGUUCAGGAACAUAGAGUACGACGUCUGGCUCAAGAGCAAGAGAGCCCAACAGAAGAGGGAUUACUGUAUCGCGGCCGGGAUGCAGUUCACCGUAGGAAACCGCUGCCAGGUUCGUCUUGAGGGACGCACCUACAGCGCGACCAUCAAGGAGGUUUCUCCCGACAACGGCCCAGUGACUGUUUACUUGGAAGAAAUAGGAACUCGGAAACAGGUCCCUCUGUGGAAUCUGCGUCCUAUCAGUGAUGAGAGCAGCUGGAGUACCGUGGUCAACCGAGACAAGAGGCUCAGCAACGGACAUGGAGAGUGGGAGGAGAGGGGUAGAGGCAGAGGCAGGGGGAGGAACGUCCCAGCAUCCUCCUCCUCUGUUACCCAGGCGACGGCACCGGGCGCCACCGGCGGGCGCGUGCUGAAGCAGCAGUCGUGGCCCCCGCAGUCCGCCGUAGAGGAGCAGGGAGGAGCCAAGGCCAGCAGGACGUCUGUGAGCUCGAUAGAAUCUGCUUUCGGUGUGACGGAGGAGGAGCGUCUGGCCAAAGAAGAGGAGGAGAGGAACGUGGCGUUGGUGGAGAUCCAGCUCAGAGAUGAACGCAGCUUCCCCGCCCUCGGGAUGCAGAGUGAUGGAGGGAGGAGGAAGGGAUCAGACAAGAGAAGGGUCCAGAGAAACAAGACGAAGAGUCCAGUCGAAGACGUCAGAGCACCAUCUCCCUCUGCUGGCGAAAGACCCAAAUCCUCCACCCCGCCCCCACUUGCAUCAUCCUCCUCUGCUGCUGCUGCACCUUCUACAAAUACUACACCACCCAGCAAACCCGCCCUUCCUGCUGCAAAACCUCCCGCUGCUCCGUCCGCAAAACCAGACUCCAACACUCCUUCUUGGCUGAGCUCGAUCAAGGCUUCAACGACUCCCAACCUAAACAUGGCCGCCGCGGCGUCUAGCUCCACCUCCAGCCUCCCUGUCACCCGUGCUGCCACGAAAACAAACGCACCCUCUGACGCUUUAACGCAGCUCUCUCUUCCUGCUGCUCCGAGCACCAAACCUGCCGUAACGGGCGGGGCUGUGCCUCCCUCCAUCCUGUCCUCUGCCACUGUGUUCUCCUUCCUCACCCCUGCUCUCCCUUCUGCUUCCUCACCCCCGACUCCCCACGCUCCGUCCUCCUCUUCUCUCCCCUCUCCUCCUCCUCCGGAAUCGUCCGCCUCACCUCCUCCUCAUUUCUCUUCAUCUUCUUUUUCAGCACUUCCUCCCACUUUCAUCGCUCCCAUUGCCCCCUCUCCCUCCGUCGCCACGGCACACGGCUUCCUCCCUCCCUCCUCGCUCCCCCGUUCCUCCCCGCCCGUCUCCUCUCUCCCCCACUCCCCCAGUCCUCCCCCCUCCUCGUCUUCUCUUACCCAUCAUGCUGCUCAAGUUCACGCGGCUCCACCAGCUUCAGCCCAGAUUUCUUUGCCAAAUCCUGGAGCCACUCUGACUGCAUCUCAGGCCUCCCUGUUGCAGAGUCACCCUCACGUGUCCCAGACCCAGACCCAGCCUUCUCUGCCGCAGAACACCCAGACCCGGACGCCCCCGAUGCAGAACGAGGCCCACUCCUGUCUUCAACAGCUCCAGCACCAGCCUCAGUCCCACUCUGAAGUAGCCUCUCUGCCACAGACCCAGCCAUCUGUCGUCCCUCCCUCCCUCCCUCAGGCCUCUGUCUCCCAGCCCCAGUCCCAGUACCCCUCACAGUCCCAGUCCCAGUACCCCUCACAGUCCCAGUACCCCUCACAGUCCCAGUCCCAGUACCCCUCACAGUCCCAGUACUCCUCCCACUCCCAGUCUGAGGUGGCCCAGGCCCAGUCCUCUCACCCUGCUCCAGCAGCUUCCUACCCCCUCCCCUCCCAGACCUCAGUUCCUGUCCCGGCCUCUCUGCAUCCUCACCUCCACGCCCAGACGCCUCAGCCUCCUCAGCCUCCUCACCCCUCCCAAGUGCCACAUCCCUCCCUCUCUCUCUCCACUUCCCAUCCCUCUCUCUAUCCCCACUCCUCCGUCGGUCAGAAUCAAACCGAGGCCCCUCUCCCUCCGGCUCAGCCUCACCCCGAGUCUCCGGCUCACCCUCCUCCUCCUCACCCCGCUCAUCACCCCCAGCUGCAGUCUGCUCCUCCCCCUCACCACCCGUCCAUCCCCGGAGCUGUUCCUCUGCAGCAGCUGUCCCAGCUCUACCAGGACCCCCUGUACCCCGGAUUCCCCCAGGGGGAGAAGGGCGAAGUGGCUCAGACUCCAGCCUUGUCCUCCAGCAAAUCAGGGGAGGACCUGCCGCUAGAUCUCAACAUCUUGAAGUUUUUCUUCAACUUGGGUGUCAAGGCUUACUCCAUGCCCAUGUUCCCCCCCUACAUCUACCUCCUCCCCCUGCAGCAGGCCCACACCUUACACCCCAAGCUCCCCUCCCGCUCCCCGUCCCCUCCCCCCCAGUACCCUCCCUCCAGGCACCAGGACGAGUACGCCCAGUACCCUCCGACUUCCACAUCAAUGCCUCCCCAGUACGAGCACCAGGCCCUGUCGGCUGAGCCCCCACAUCCCACUGACCCACCCUCCUUCAAUCAGGCCGGGUACCCUGUCAAUCAGCCUCCACCUCACAGGAUGUCCUGGCAACAGCACCAGAUGCCCCCUCCCAGAAACCCCAACUACUCGGUUGGAUAUCAUAGCCAAAGUUCAUCGUAUCUGGCUUCCCCGCCCUUGUCUCAGGGCUACCACCCGAGUCAAGCCCAGGGCCACCUGUACCCCCAGUACCCACCCUCCUCAAUAGGAUUUCAGUCUUCGCCGAACCCCGAAGAGCUCCAGGUGAGCCAGCAGGGGGCGCUGGAGCAGCGCCAGCCCACCAAUGGAGACACGAUGCAUGGCCAAGGGCCUGGCCGAGGCCCAGGUCCUCUGGAGAGUCCUGCUGCUGCUAACAUGGCUAAUGCUAACAACAACAGAACGGGGAUGGCGUCUGGUUUCGCCCUCAAGAACGAACCGGGAGACAGUUCGACCAAAAUGGUGCUGCUGGUGGACCCCCCACUCAACAACACACCAAUAAUGAAGCUGGUUUCAAACACCGACGUUUCGGAUGUCCCCAUGACAACCAUGAAGCCCGGCAGCACCCCUGCCUCGCCGACACCUUAUGACCUCAUCUCCAAGACGGCCGUCCACGGCGACAACAACCCCUGCCGCAGUUACCGGGGCCAUCGAAAACCACUCAGUCACGCCAGCGCGUACAUCCCGGAGAGUUACCUGGCGACCGUUGCCAUGGCGGAGUCUCUGUCUGUGGGCUGCAGCACGGAGGACGACUGGGAGGAGUCGUCGGGGUUCAGACCGACGACCUUUAACCCCAGAGGGCCGAGGAAGGGCUACAGAGGAGGAGGAGGGAGAGGGAGGGGAGGCCAUGAUGCAGGGAGGGGAGCACACAGGAGGAGACAUGGAGGAGAGGCGGGGGCGGGGCUUAACUACGUCCAGUUUAACUCCUCCCACAGGGGGCGGGGCCGAGAGAGAGGAUACUAGCUCCCAGCCAAUAAGACGAGAGGACACUGGAAGGGGAUUUUUUUUUUUUUUUUUGCGUGUGUGUGUGUGUCUUUUCUCCCUACUGAGAGUUAGAUGAGAAGAUAUGUAUCAUGUCUGGAUGCUAAAUAUGAAGCUACAGCUAGCAGCCGCUUAGCUUAGUUUAGCUUAGCAUGAAGGCUUGAAACGGGAGGAAAUGGCUAGCUCGGCUCUGUUGAAAAGUAAAUAAAGUAACUUAUUCUUUCUACUUUUUGGACAGAGCUUUAACCGUCUCCUGGCUAUAGCUUCACAUUCACCGUACCGUGGAAUCAGUCUUCUCAUCCAGCUAUAUUUCUUUAAUAGGAAGUCAAAUUUCGGACUCUUUAGCAUCUCUUUGAACGCAGCAACUGAGUGUUUAGCGUGUCCAUAAAGCUUUAGAAAUGUUAAGCACAUUUCAGCAAAAAGAAGCGUCGACCAAGUUAAUUGAGCACUUCUUUUAAGCAUCUGUUAGCAGCUUGAGCUGAAAACACAGA